GCGACCUCUACUGGCAGAAAUGUAAUAAUGCUAAUGCUGUAUGCAAACCGAUGCUCUUCAGGAUGUAUAAUCAAUACUGGAAAUGUACAACCAAGUCCCUGACUUUAGAAAAGUGAAAAUGUCCUAUACAUUUUUUUAAGAUCUAGGGUUCAUAUUUCUAAAGUAUCAAGUCAGACCAAAAUAAGUCAGUGUGGUCUAUUGAUUAUUUUGGUCUAGUCGACAACAGCGGAGCCCUCCCAGUCAGGUAGCUGCAGGGCUAGCUAACGAAACGCUAGCAGUUUGAGACUGGAAAGGGUUUGAAAACGGUUUGACUGGAUAGAAUUUGUACGAUGGCAUCGCAGCCUCCUCCUAAACCGUGGGAAAGGCGGAUUCCGGGAACGGCCAUGAGUGCGCCAGUCAACUAUCGGUCGACCGACUUCGUCCCAACAGGACCGCCCGGCCCGCCAGUGUUGACACGGGUGGUGCCCCCGGUCCCCCCUCGCCCAGCUCAAUCCGUCCAGUCCUACCGCCCGUCCUACGGCUCGUCCUACUCCUACAGCCCCUAUGGGAGCUCCAGCCUGUACGGCGGAGGCUACAGCCCCUAUGGCGGUGGCUACCCCCUGGGAGUGGGGCUCGGCGGCGGCCCGGGCUACAGCCGCUUUGGCCCAGCCGGCGGCGAAGAGGCGGCGCCCAGCCGCUUUGUCCAACAGGCGGAGGAGAGCAGCCGCGGCGCCUUCCAGUCCAUCGAGAGCAUCGUCCAGGCCUUCACGUCGGUCAGCAUGAUGCUGGACGCCACCUUCUCGGCUGUCUACAACAGCUUCCGCGCCGUGCUGGACGUGGCCAACCACCUCACCAGGCUGCGGAUGCACUUCGCCAAGGUGCUGUCGGCCUUCGCCCUGGUGCGCACCCUGAGGUACCUGUACCGCCGCAUACAGGCCAUGCUGGGGCUGAGAGUGGACGCCGAGGCAGAGGACCUGUGGGCGGACAGUGAAGGGGCUGCCCUGGCCACACGUGGGCUGGAGGACCCCAGGGCCGGAGCGGUCAAGUCCUGGCCCAUCUUUCUGUUCCUGGCUGUGGUCCUGGGGGGGCCCUAUCUCAUCUGGAAGUUGUUGAGCUCUGCCCAGGGGCCCGAGGAAAGUGUCACCAACUGGGCCGCUGGAGAAGAUGACCAUGUGGUUGCCAGGGCAGAGUUCGAUUUCACAGCCGCGUCAGAGGACGAGAUUUCCCUGAAUGCAGGGGACAUGCUCAACCUGGCCCCUAAAGAGCAACAGCCCAGGGUCCGCGGGUGGCUGUUAGCCAGUGUGGAUGGCCAGACGACAGGCCUCGUCCCAGCCAACUAUGUCAAGGUCCUGGGAAAGAGGAGAGGCAGGAGACACACAGAGCUGGAGAGGCUGGCGCAGGCCCAGCGAGGGAAUCAGCCUGGCGCCACAUUCCAAGCCCCCCAGGUUGCAGGCGCGGCUCCUACUCUAGCCCCAGGCUUGGUUUCAGGCCUAGGCCCUGACAGAGCUGUCCCUGUAGUUGUUCCGGAGGAGCUGCUGGAGUCCGUAUACAGGGAAGCACCGAUUGGUGAUGGCAGUGUAGCCAUGGGUGGGGCCUGUAGUCUGGGGGCGGGGUCCAGUAACAGCACAGCUCCUAGCUCGGUAAUCACUAUACCAGGGAAGAUUGACUUGUGAUUUCUGACUUUGUGUGUUUGCGAGUGUAAAUGUGGGAGCGUUUAAUGUACAGGUUUUUUCACACACGUCCAUCUGCAGUUUGAACUAUUUGGCGUGGCUAUGUCUGGUCCAGCCGUGAGAGACCAGCCGGUCUUCGUCCAGUCGGUUUGCACCUUGAAAUUUGUGAGACCAUGGAAAUGGACACUUUUUACUAAAGCCUGCUAAGAUAUAAGCCUUUAUUCAUAAUGCAUUUCGGCGGAGAAAUAUUGGUUUGACAUCGGUUUAGCCUUUUAAUGAAUGAAUGUUUAAAUGGAGAAAACACAUAGCCUAGUGUUUAAAUGGGUGGGCCAGUAACUGAAAGGUCACCGGUUUGCAUCCCAAAACCAACAAUGUUAAAAAAUAUAUUUAUAUAUACAUUUCAAUGACUGAUUGACCACCUGGGGCAAGUCCCAUUAACCUAAUGGCUCAUGUGAACCUACAACCUACCAGUGUAAAUGGGUAGAUUUGAUUCUACUCUAAAUCAGACGUAUAUGUAAACUGCACUUCUCUGACUCUUAACAUGCUUUUUGAAUGCAGCCCUGAUUAAUGAAUGUUUUGUAGUAUCUACUGCCUGGCAACACAGGGUUUUUUCUAGAAUCCUUGGAUUACGGUUUAGAGCUCCGUUGAUUUGGUAGACAUUUCAUUGGAUGGUAAGGCUGGAAGAUAAGGUGUUGAUUACACAGGUGAAAGUACAGGUGUCUGUCAAGUGACUAUUUGGCAAUUGGUGUUUAGGGGAGCCAUGUCUUGAUCUAACUGAAUAACUUGGUGUUGUUGUCAGUGGUUUUGCACACCAUCCUUUUUUCUUAAUUCUUGCCAGAAUUAUUGAAUUAAGAACCAAUUAGGAGCACUAAUAGAUGAUGAAAAUAUUGGGGAGAAUAUUCCCAUGUUUAAGAUGGGACAAUGACAAGCCAUAUUAUUGUUUCUGAAAUUCACUGAUAUUAAAUUCACAAGCCUUGAAAUUAUUCCUCAUAAACUGUUUAGUUCCAAAUUCCUGUUUGUUCCAAGUUAAGUUUGGGUUCAAAUGUAAUGCCUCAAUUUUUAAAUAAUUGUAAAUGGUUGUAAUGUUUUUGGUUUAAGUUAAUGUUUCUAAUGGAUUCUAAUGGAGUCUAAGUUAAAUGUCUUGUCAAUUUCUUACAGGGAUGUUUUGAAUUUGCAGUUGUUAACCAUCCUUAUCCAGUUAGUUGUGACUGAAAUUAGAGAAAAUCGAAAUGUUUUGUAUCCCUGUGAGAACUGAAAUGGCUGCUCAUCGUAGGUGGCACUUUUUCAGGUUAAAAACUGUAAUUAUGUACAUAAAUACUUAUAAUUAUUUUAGAAAUAAACAUUUUCAAG